AUGGUAUAUAAUCAAAUAGUUGACUACAUUUCAACAUCGCUUGAACAAUCGAAUUUCGAUUUAAUCUAUUUGGCAUGGCUAUGGGCUCUAUUUAAGCCACUUUGCUUCUUAUUAUUAACAUUAUUUCUUUUACCGUCCACAAUACUUUUAUUUGUAUAUGGCUCAUCACUAUUCUGUUUGGUUUACAAACAUUGGAAUCGGUUAAAAACUGCAUACUCGAAUGAUAUUUGGAAUGGGGCAGUGAAAACUUUGGCUAUCCUAUGGGAAUUACAAGCAACUAUAUGGCAUGGUUACGAAGUUGAAGGACUAGAAAAUAUUCCCACAAAAGGACCAGUGCUUAUUGUUUUCUAUCACGCAGCAUUGCCAAUUGAUUUCUAUUAUUUAUUUGCUAAAGUAUGGCUUUAUCGUAAUCGACGUGUACGUGUUGUUGCUGAUAAAUUUGUAUUUAAAAUACCCGGCCUAGGAACUCUUAUUGAAGCAUUAGAAAUUCAACCGUCAACAUCAGCCGUAUGCAAGUCAAUGCUUGACGAAGGUCAUGUGCUUGCUAUUUCACCUGGUGGUGUACGAGAAGCACUUUUCAGUGAUCAUAAUUAUAGAUUAAUAUGGAAACAAAGGCGCGGCUUUGCUAAAAUUGCCAUUGAAUCUCAAGCUACCAUUAUUCCAAUGUUUACCAAGAAUUGUCGAGAAGCUGUACGUUCUAUGAAGUUUGGUCGUCGUUUUCUAAGAUAUAUUUAUGAAAAAACUCGAUUACCAAUUGUUCCACUAUACGGAAUGUUCCCAGUUAAAAUGAUUACUUAUCUUGGAAAACCUAUUCCAUAUGAUCCCGACAUAACAGCAGAAGUUCUUGCUGGUCAAGUUAAAAAAGAAAUCGAACUAUUGAUAGAAAAUCAUCAGCGUCGUCCCGGUAGCAUAACACAAGCUAUUUUGGAACGACUAAGUUGCUUUUCAAAGAAACGAACGGAAACAAAGAAGGAGUAA